UUUCAACAGUGUAUAUAUCACUAAUAGCAUUGCAAAUAUUUUUAAUGUCGUUGAACUCUACUUAACUUGUCGUUCACGGAAUUUAUGUUACAAAAAAAUGCUCUAGCAAUUAAAUGUUAUAAAUGUUCCGUUGCAAUGGAGACAUCUUUCAUUAAAAAUGAAACAAUCAUUACACAGCCUUGCGUUAAAUUUGAACUUGGUGCAGAACAGUUUAUGGUGGAUUGCACAUAUUCAACAAUGUGUGUCAAAACAAUCUCGACACUCCUUUUGCUAAAUGGACAAAAACAAGAAACAAUAACGAGAGGAUGUGCUCAACAAAAAGAAACAACUCAGGUUUUUAGAAAUCGUCAGUGGCAACAGGAGAAUUCCAUUCAAGAAAUUUAUCAAGAGGGUUGCGGUGAAUUUAAAGAAAAUACUUUAGCUGCCUCUUCAAAUACUCAUUGUUACUGUAGAACAAAUUUAUGUAAUGGAAGUAGUCGACUUUUUACACUAAUUCCUAUUGACAGAAUUUUACAAACAACAUUUUUAAUGUGUUCAUUAUAUAUAAUAAACUCACAAUUAGUUUAUAAUAAAUAUCUAUAAAAU